AUGGAAGCAGCGUGCAACAGCAUGGCCCUCGAGAGGCUCGGGGAAGCCCUGCGCGGCAUCCCCCCCUUGCAAAGCUCCCUGCUGCUCCUCCUCUGCCUGCUCGCCGCCAUCCACCUGGGCAAGCUCCUCCUGCAGCAGCAGCAGCGCCGGCGGCAGGGCCAGCGCCGGGCGCCGCCGGGCCCUUUCCCCUGGCCCUUGAUCGGCAACGCGGCGCAGCUGGGCAGCGCCCCGCACCUCUCCUUCGCCCGCCUGGCCAGCACCUACGGCGCCGUCUUCCAGUAUCCGAAUGUGCAGGCUAAAAUGCAAGAAGAAGUGGAUAGGAUUGUUGGAAGAGACCGUCUGCCAUGUGCUGAAGAUCAGCCUCACUUGCCCUACAUCAUGGCUUUCUUGUAUGAAUCCAUGCGUUUCAGCAGCUUUGUGCCUGUUACUAUCCCACAUGCCACCACAACCAACACCUUCAUAAUGGGCUACCUCAUUCCCAAGGACACAGUGAUUUUUGUUAACCAGUGGUCAGUGAAUCACGAUCCAGCAAAAUGGUCCAACCCAGAGGAUUUUGAUCCAACAAGGUUCCUGGAUGAGAAUGGAUUCAUCAAUAAAGAUCUUACUAGUAGCGUGAUGAUUUUCUCAUUGGGAAAACGUCGGUGUAUUGGAGAGGAGUUAUCCAAGGUGCAGCUGUUUCUUUUUACCUCCAUACUGGUGCAUCAGUGCAAUUUUACUGCUAAUCCAAACGAGGACCCUAAAAUGGACUUUACCUAUGGGUUGACCAUUAAACCUAAGCCAUUUACCUUGAAUGUUACGCUGAGAGAUACUAUGGAUUUGCUCGAUCAGGCUGUCCAAAGACUGCAAGCAGAGAAAGCAGCCAAUGAAAAUCAGCUGUCAGCAAAUGCCUAAGCAACAAACCUUGCAUCUAAAGAUAAUCCCUGUCUCUCUUUUUAGAC